CUCCUCCUCCUCUCGGCUUCAACCUCAGAUCUCAUCCGUUUCAGUAUUAGGGAUUCAAAUUUGGGGAAUUUUUUUUUCCCAAUUCGGUGCUUCUGGUCAGACUUCAAUCUCCGAUUUAUAUUGAAUUCAAUUAAAAAAAUGGUCAUGUAUCGUGACGAGAGCUAUAUGCACAGAUAAAUGGAAACGCAGCGGAUUAUCGAGUUUCCGCAUAGGAACAUGGACAAGAGACCAAGGAAGAGGCCUCGUUUAACAUGGGAUAAGCCCCCACCUCCUCCUCCUCUUCCUCCUCCUCGCUUGCAGGUUCUUCCUGCAAUAUAUUUCAGACAGGAGUUUGGGAAUGGAGUGGUUCCAAAUCAUGCUUGUCCGUCCAUGUUUUAUAGAGGAAUGCCUCGCAAUGGAUCACCGCCUUGGAGGCCUGAUGAUAAAGACGGUCACUACACUUUUUCCGUUGGUGAAAAUUUAACACCUCGAUACAGAAUUCUCAGUAAAAUGGGUGAAGGAACAUUUGGCCAAGUCUUGGAAUGUUUUGACAAUGAAAAGAAAGAAGCUGUGGCAAUUAAAAUUGUUCGCUCCAUAAAUAAGUAUCGUGAGGCUGCAAUGACUGAAAUCGAUGUCUUGAUGAGGCUAGCCAGACAUGAUGUUCAUGGUUCACAUUGUGUGCAAAUACGGAAUUGGUUUGACUAUCGUAAUCAUAUUUGUAUUGUAUUUGAGAAGCUUGGACCAAGCUUAUACGAUUUUCUCCGCAAAAACAGCUAUUGUUCUUUUCCCAUUGAUCUUGUUCGGGAGUUUGGCAGACAACUUUUGGAGUCUGUAGCAUUCAUGCAUGAUUUAUGCUUGAUUCACACUGAUUUGAAGCCAGAGAACAUUCUUCUUGUCUCAUCAGAAUUUACUGAAGUGCCAGACUGCAAGUUUCUGUCGCGGACCGCAAAAGAUUGCUCCUAUUUCAAGAAUCUACCGAAGUCAAGUGCCAUUAAGCUCAUCGAUUUUGGGAGUACAACAUUUGAACAUCAGGAUCACAGUUAUGUGGUGUCAACAAGACACUAUCGUGCGCCAGAAGUUAUCUUAGGUCUUGGGUGGAACUAUCCUUGCGACCUUUGGAGUGUAGGCUGCAUACUUGUUGAGCUUUGCUCUGGUGAGGCACUUUUCCAAACACAUGAGAACUUGGAACAUCUUGCCAUGAUGGAGAGAGUUUUAGGGCCACUACCUCCGCAUAUGGUGGGCAGGGCUGAUCGUCGAGCUGAGAAGUAUUUUAAAAGAGGUGCACGAGUAGGUUGGCCUGAUAGUUCAACUUCAAGAGAAAGCAUGAGGGCAGUUUGGAAAUUGCCGCGUUUGCCGAACCUUAUAAUGCAGCAUGUUGAUCAUUCUGCUGGCGAUUUGAUUGACCUCUUGCAAGGGCUUCUGCGGUAUGACCCUGCAGAACGGCUUAAAGCAAGGGAAGCAUUAAGACAUCCCUUUUUCUGCACAAGAGAUCCUAAAAGAUAUGGUUACCCUUUAUAAGUACCCCAAACAUAAUGGCCGGGAGGAGAAAACACGGUUGAGAGAAUGAAUGCCAUAACACAAAUAGUUGAAGUCGUUCGAUUGUUUGCUCCACUGUAUAGUAAAUUGCAUUUCGUUUUGUACUCUUGCAUUUUUUGAUUUUUCCUUCCCCCCCUCCCCCUUUUUUUAGCGUGUAAUUAGUUGCUGCCAUGGUGCUGCCCGUUCAAAUCGGAACUGUUUGAGGUGGAGUCAAAUGUCAUCUUCCUAAUUCGACUUGAUAGGUAGG